ACAAAGCAUCGGUCGUAAGAAAGUAGAUGUGGACUAGACUCCAGGAACAAGGCGGAACAUUAUCAUAACUUUUCUUUUUAUUAUCUUAAUCUACGACAUCCUUUCGAACGCAAAGCUAGCUCUGCACAUACUGCUUUGCAAUUGCCUCAGAGUGCUCAUUGCAAACGGCUUGAUAUCCAACACUUCUAACGGCUACAAAAAAGUAGGUCAAAACGUCACGACAGGACUAGAAUUUAUUGCUUUUUACGUCAACUUUUUUCCCACAUAAAGCCUUACAUGCCAAGGUGCUCACCAGUUUUGUCAACGAGACCUUCCUUCACACCCAAAAGUGCUAAGGAAGAGGAAUCUUGAAAAUUUGACGUAUAAUCUGUAUCAAAAAGAGGAAGCGAAUUUCCCCUACUUGUAAGAUUUCUCAUCAAACGUUAGGACUUUCACUUUACAUAUAGCAAAUUUAUAGCUCAGCAAGAGUACGUUGAUAUUUUACGAAAAAAGACGGUCUUUUGUUUCAUCAAGGACGCCAUUUCCAAAGAACAAUCGAAUUUUGAAGAGUUUACGUAUCUACGCAAUCUUGAAGGGUAGCACUACCGUAAGGAGGUGUUAUCUUCUUUUGCCAUCCGGACCUUUCUUUAUUCGGAAGCAUUCGGAAGAUAUUACUGAUACACUCAACCCAUUCCCUCCAAACCCUGUACCAUUCAGAGACACGUCCGUUGUAAGUGCACCUUAUUCAGGGUUCUUCGAAUCUACCUCGACCCACAAGAUCAACGUCAGACCCACCCUGUGAUCUCAGCUGUGGAGUGUUACGUCAUGGUUUUUUGUGUUCGGAACAUGCACGCCGGGGCUGCCACAGGCCUGUCCUUAGUGCUGGCGGCGGGAAUCCUUCUACAACUCGUCCUCGUCGGACACGCCCUAAACCUCCAGACAACAGACGUGAACUCCAAACGUUCGGUGAGCAGCCUCUCUCUCGCCGAUGACCUUUUGCCUCAUCUGGAGCGCGUGCUGGGCAUGAGGAAAGGACUCCCCCGAUCGCGGAUGAAUCGCCUCCGUGAUGCCUACCGGCGGCUACUCAGCAUAGACGGUGGGGACUCUGAACAUGGAACAGUGAGCGAGGACGUGAAAGAUUUCCCAAGGCAGUACAGACGGACCAUAUCUGAUGUGGAACAGGAAGAAGACAGCUCCAUUCAACCAAGUCAAACGUCGUACUUAAAUGAUUCGGGGGAUUCUGAAGACGUAAACAACUUGUACAGCCUGCUUAAAGGUGGCGGUGGACUUGAGAGUAAUUCGUUGCCUAUCGUGGACUUUUAUCCCGACGUAUUCGACAAACUCAGCGCUGCGAACUCGGCCAGUGAAGAGAGUCUUAGCAGUUUAAACAGUGGCUUGUUUCCUGCCAACGAUUUCCUUCAGGGGUAUAGGUCAGUUGAGAGCAAUGGCAUCAGAGAACCUGGUGCUUCAGACAACGUUGACGAUUCUGCGGACCUGCUGGCUGGAAACCAAGGCGAGGAGGGAGAAGAGAGAAGCAAGCGACAGCAAGGCUGGUACAUCCAGUACGGAAAACGGGGCGGUUUGUCUUUGGCCGGACGCUCAGACCGUGCAGAAAACUCUCAGAGUUUGCCAUUGCUGACGUCAAAGUUGAGAGGACAUUUAAACUCUCCACCGAGCUCUGUUGACGAGCAGCUGACUCAGUUCUUGGAAAGACUUGUAGACUCAGCACAUGCUAGGCUGUCGUCGUCCUUUUUCGCUCAUGACGGAGCGAACAAGAGACAUCGGAGCAAUGACGCCAAAAUGUGGUGGUGGAACAGGAAUGAGAAAACGGCCACCCCUGUGGAAAAGCGACAGCAAGGGUGGUACACCCAGUAUGGGAAACGUGCCGAUGACGUGAGAUCCACGUGACCCCGCUUGGUGCCGCCAUGUUGAUGACGUGCGUUGUGUGCAGUGUCUAAUGAGAUAUAAGCUAACACAGGGAA